AUGUCCUAUGUUAGUUCAACAUGCACUGCCAAUACUUGCGGACAAAAUGCUCAAUGCCAAGUGGUCGGAGGACGCCCUGUGUGCUCCUGUUUGAGGGGACAUUCUGGAGAUCCUCUUUCUUACUGUAAAAGAUCCGAAUGUCUCGAUGACUACGAAUGUGCUGGCCAGCUGACUUGCAGAGACGGUAAAUGUAUCGACCCUUGCGCUGGCACUUGCGGUGCCAACGCCCUGUGUGAAGCGAGACGGGGCAUCCCAAUUUGCAACUGCCCACCGGGAUAUACAGGGAACGCCAUCACUUCAUGCAGAAGAUUCGAUCCAGAGGAACUCUGUCAUCCGAGCCCUUGCGGCCAGAACACGAACUGCGAAGUAAAGAACGGCGUGCCGACUUGUUCCUGCCAGCCCGGUUACCACGGCUCGCCAUUGGCCGGCUGCCGGCACGAAUGCGAAAGCGAUGCCGAGUGUGGACCGUCUGCCGCCUGCAUCCAGUUCAAGUGUCAGAAUCCUUGUUUGACGCAGUGCGGCAAGAAUGCCGAGUGCGAGACGAUCAGCAACCAUAAGGCUGUUUGCAAGUGUCCAAAGAACUACUUCGGCAACCCGUACUCGUCCUGCCAGCCAGAGUGCUACGGGGACGUCGACUGUCCCAGUCACAAGCCAGCCUGUUUCUACGGCAUCUGCAAGAGUCCUUGCGACGGGGCGUGCGGCGUCGGCGCCGAUUGCAAGCUGCGCGGCCUCACGCCUGUCUGCUCCUGUCCCAGGGACAUGACGGGAGAUCCCUUCGUCCGGUGCAGGCCUUUCGAAGCCAGAGACCUGUGCGAACCGAACCCGUGUGGAUCCAACGCCCACUGCGAGCCAGGUUUCGACAGGUACAACAAGGAACGACCAGUUUGUACAUGUCCUUUCGGGUACACCGGAGAUCCGCUGAAGGCCUGCUUCAAAGGAGAGUGUACUGAGGACGGGCAUUGUGCAGACAGCCAAGCUUGCAUUGAAUACAGAUGCCAGAAUCCUUGUACCAACCAGUGCGGGGUGAAUGCCAAUUGCAAUCCGAGACGCCAUCUUGCUGUGUGCACUUGCCCCAACGGGUACAAUGGGGAUGCCCUGAU